UUCUUGUAUCAUCUCCAGUAUAACUUAAAUCAUGUGCGGCAUACUUUGUGCUAUAAAUUGUGAUGGAAUUUCUAAGAGUACUGAGAUUAAAAAUAUUUUGUUACGACGGGGACCUGAUUUUUCAUCUUCUGUUAUUGUAAAUUAUGAUAAUGUGCAAAUGGAAUUUGCAUGUUCAGUUCUUUGGCAGCAAGGAUUAAGUAUUUGCCCCCAACCUUUUGAAACUGGAAAUUUUCUAAUACUAUUUAACGGCGAUAUAUUUAAUAUGCCUUGUGAAUUAAGUUCAUGUUCUGACACGGAGUGGUUGGGAAAUGAAAUAUCCAAAUGUCGAUGUGAAAGCGAUAUUUGUAGUAUAAUUCAAUCAUUAGAAGGUCCUUUUAGUCUGAUAAUCUACAACAAGACCACCGGAAUUCUGUAUGUUUGCAGAGACGCUUUGGGUCGUAACUCUUUAAUAAUGGAAGCAGAAGAUUCGAAAUUUCGUUUUUUGAGCACAUCAUGGUUAAAAGUGGUAUGGUUGGAUAAGGCUGAUACUCCAGAUUAAGACAAUCGUUCCCACGACAGUCGGUCCUACGAAAACCGGAACGAACCCGGAUUUUUAUCUGGCCAAGGACUGUCAACUCGGCAGAAUUUCUGCCGUUACAACAACAACAACAUAUAAUUGUUGCCGCCGCAAACGGGUUGGGUUCGUUUCAGUAUCUCCUUUUCACUGCUUAU